AUGGACGGCAAUAACCCGAUGAGAAUUGAACAUCUCUUCAGCAAGUUGGAGUCUAAAACUAGCAUGAUAUUCGCCAAAAUCACAACGGCCAUAACCAAAGGUUGCGACCACAUCGACAUCCUGGAGAAGGAUAUUCAUGUUUUGUUUAAGUUCAUGAACCUUUCCAUGAGACGCUCUAUGCAGUACAAAGACGAGCUCAAUAAUCCUUGCCGCGAGAACGACUUCGUGAUCCAGCACCUGCUUGAAGCCUCGAGCGAGAGUGGCCGAUCACGAGAGCCGGAUCAAUUCUGGCUCGAGCACCUGCUCUAUCUUCUGGAAACUGACCAUGAGGACCUACUUAAAGAUGCUGAGAAGACCAACACUAUUGGGCCUGAAGACACGUACAAACACUUCGUCGAGAACUACAGUCUACAGAUCUGGAGAGCAGCCGAUGAUUACGAGUUCUUCCUUAACGAAAGGCUGGUUGAUUUCGAAGGCGAUACUCAAUCCGUCCUGGGAACAGAAGUAAAAGGAACACGGAUGCAACUUAUAUGGAUGACUACGGAUGACAUGAUCCAUCUAAUACUUCCAAUUAGCCCAGAAGUGGCUAUCGUCUUUUGCGAUGAGUCACGAUGCUGGGAAUCCCCUUUCGCCGACAUAAAGCAUCGACGCAAACAGCCGUACCCCCAGAAUAGCCUAUUGUCAAAGGCACCACACAAAGAUAUCAUCAAUGUCUCUGCGCCACGCACGAAGAGAGGGAGGAAGUCCUGGCCCGCAACGGUGGCGUGGCGGGUAAAUAUUGGUACCCUGACCCGACCGCAUCAUCGAAUCAUUGCGUCGUACUCUCUUAGUCACGCUAAGUCAGUUAUCAUUGUCCGGAACAGAGCACGAUUCGAGAGAGCGGCAAGGGAAUUGGAGAUGUUCAAUAGGGAGAGACAGGAGUGGUGGCACAGUAUUGGUAUUCGGUCUGGGGAUCCUGAUGCAUCACGGCUAAAGGGAAAAGGAGUCGCACAUCCUAUAGAGGAUCAAAGGAAAAGGGUAGUGGAUGAACACAUGACUGCGUUCGAUGAGGUUAUGAAAAUCAUCCAGAAUGCUCGCGACGAACUACAAAGGACGAAGGAAAACGCGCUUAAGUCAUGGCUAGCAAUUCGCACGUGCGAGGCUAUUGCGAUUUCUUCAUCGGCAUCGGACAAGAGAUCCUCUUCUUUCCGCAUCAUGCACCCGGCCCUCAAAGCAGCCUUUGAAACUGCCUAUCCACCAAAACAUCCGGACCAUAGGGACCUUGUCACUAUCGACUUUGACGAAUUCUUCCACCAUGCCAUGGGGGAUGAGACGUUUGCUCGUCUGUCUAUCGAGAUCGAGCAGAAGAUCAGGGAAAUGUUGCACUCAGACACCUUUAAAUUUUAUCCUGAAACCGCUGGACAGUCCUCUCCACCCCUUACGCCUAUUUUGUCUGAUCAACGAAACAACGAUCUCAACGAGCAGUCUGUCAGCGAGGACGAGAUCCUCCAAUCUCCAUCUGUUGGUUCGGUUUUCAGACUAGCACAGUGCUUUGACGUCCUUCAGUGGAUGUUUGAUGAACGCCAGGAUAUCUUAGCAACUUUCGUAAAGAAAAUUGCGUUGCCUAUGGAAGCCAUGCAGGCACGAGUUUUUCGGAUUCGUGCAAGGCGAGAAUAA